AUGGUUUGUUUUCCUUCUUACAAAUUUCCCUUAGUUGGCUUUCGUACUGCUAGAAUGAAAUUAGGAUCAGGCUUCUAUAGAUACUUGGUGCAAGAUUACCAAAACAUAUGGAUGGUAUCCAUCAUGGGUACUGCCAUUUCUGCUAAUAUUUUGUAUAGUUUUCCUUAUAGUGCACAAUGGCUGCGCAUUUGUUCGUAUAUUAUGUUUGGGUGCGCUCUAAUAAGCUUUUUUCUUAACACAAUCAUCUUUUUCUUCAAAUAUGUCGUCUACAGAUCGCAUUUACCAAAGCGAAAGACGUUUUACAAUGUGGCCGAUACUUUGUGUUUAGGUUGCUAUGCUAUGGGAUUAUCAAGUAUUAUUAAUAUGUUGUGCUAUUUGAGUAACCCUUCAUCCUCGCCGCAGAAUUGGGUCAAUUUCAUUUAUAUUGUUUGGAUCUUUAAUAUUGUGAUGUCUUUUUAUACCUCGUGGGUGAUAUUUUCGUUCGUGUUUACCAAACGAGUAAGCUUUCAGUUUUCUACCCUCUUGGGAAACAUCGUACUUCCUUUCGUCCCGUUGACGGUUGCUUCUGCAUCUGGCACCGUCGUACUUCAGACCUUUUGGUCUCGCUUGAGCCGCACAAUUUUUUUAAAUACCAUCAUCACAUGCUAUAUUUGUUGGGCCAAUGCCGUUUCGGUGGGCUUUUGUGUUAUUGGUAUCAUCAUAUGGAGAUUAAUUUUCUACAAAUAUCCAGAUAGUCCUGUUGCCUUUACCCAGUUUGUCCCUAUUGGUGUGCUUGGUCAAGGUGCUUUUGGAAUUAUAAUGCAGGCACUAAAUAUCGAGACGUAUGCACAUAACUACCUGCAAAAUAUUUCGUCUAUUCAAAUUUAUACCAAUGUCCUGUUGAUCAUUUCAGGAUUUGUAUCUCUGUUUUUAAUCUCUCUUGCCUAUUUUCUUACUUUUGUCGCUUUCUUUGCUGUUUUCACUCAUGGGGUGCGGCACGAGUUUACAGUUGUAUGGUGGACUAUUACUUUCCCAUUGGGUACUAUGUCGAUCUCUAAUUCAAAGCUUGGUGAAGUAGCUCACCUGACCUUUUUCCGUGUGCUAGGUGCCAUUUACGGUGUUGCCUGCAUCCUAAUUACCAUUGUUUGUAUAUUUGGAAGCCUCUAUUUGGGCGUCCUAAAGUUUCGCAGAGAGUUUUCUCAAGAUAAUCUAGACAACCCGUUACCUGCAGCUGUCAAACAUGAGGUAAAAAGCUCUUCCAGCGGACACUCUUCCUAA